GCAUGCGCACUCUGCUCGGGACGAACUCAAUAUGGCGGCGAAGAGCAACAGUCGGUUGUAGCAGUUGAGGUUUAGCAUCUAGCGAGCUAACUGCCCACAAACACGUAGAUUCGACCGGCGCGGGACUCUCGUCGCUUCGUUUAAAGUCGACUCGUUGACGCCGGUGUCGUUGUUCAGUUGUUGUUUUUUUUUAGCGGUUCAGUGUUUAAGAUGAGUUACACCACGAAGGUUGUGCAGGUGACGAACGUGUCGCCGAGCACAACAUCGGAGCAGAUGAGGACGCUGUUCGGUUUCCUGGGGACCAUCGAGGAGCUCAAGCUGUUUCCUCCAGAUGAUUCUCAGAUGCCGGUGACGUCACGGGUGUGCUUUGUCAAGUUCCAGGAGCCGGAGUCUGUCGGAGUUUCUCAACAUCUGACCAACACCGUGUUUGUGGACAGAGCGUUGAUUGUGGUCCCGUUCGCUGAAGGAUCUAUUCCAGAUGAGGCUAAAGCUUUGUCGCUGUUGGCGCCAGCAAAUGCCAUCGCAGGAAUUCUGCCAGGAGGAGGACUUCUUCCAACGCCCAACCCCAUGGCCAAUCAACCUAUGGGAGGGAACCCUUUUGGUCCGACCAUGGACGCAAUGGCUGCAUUUGGCUUCGCAGGAUCUAAUAUGAAUCCUCAGGCGGCUGAUCAGCUGAUAAGGUUCAUGACAGAUCCAAAACUCAACCCUCUGGCUGCAGGCUUAAACCUGAAUUCAGGGCUGAAGGCUGAUACAUCUAAUAAAGAAAUCGAAGAGGCUAUGAAGAGAGUGAGAGAAGCUCAGUCACUUAUUUCUGCUGCUAUUGAACCUGGAAAUAAGGAGAGCAAGAAGAAGCACUCUCGGUCCCGGUCGAGGUCCAGGAGGAGGUGGUCCAGAUCCCGUUCAAGGCACAGGCGAAGCAGAUCAAAGCGCAGAUCAAACUCCAGAAGCAGGAGGCGCUCCAAGAGCCCACACAGGAGACGCACCCGCUCCAGAGACAGAAGCAGGCGAUCACAAAGCAAAUCCAGAGAUAGAAAGAAAGAUGACACUGGGCGAAGAAGUAACAAAACACCACCAAAAAGCUACAGUACAGCCAGGAGGUCACGCAGUGCGAGCCGGAGACACAGGAGAAGUCGCAGCAACAGUCGAACUCUAAAAAAGUCUCCUAAGCGGAAGAGCUCCAGGUCUCCAUCUCCUCGGAGACACAAAAAGGAGAAGAAAAGGGACAAGGAAAAGGACAGAGAUCGCAAAAGUGAUAAAGAUCGUAGUCGUGAGGAGCACGAUCACUCCUCCAGCAAGAAAAAGAGAAGUAAAGACAAAGAAAGAGAGUGGGAGAGGAAAUCAGAUGGUGACAAAGGAGAUGUUAAGAUCACCAGGGAUUACGACGAAGAAGAGCAAGGCUAUGACAGCGAGAAGGAGAGGGAGGACAGGAAGGAUUCAGACGACUCCGCUCUGUCUCCUCGGUCAGUCGAAGGUAACGGCACAGCGAGGUCCGUCAAACGGGCCAAAGUUAACGGUGCUGACGACCAUCGUGAAGAAGACAUGGAUGUCAGUGACUGAUUAGUCCGUCCUGCUUUUUUCCCCCCACAUAAUCCCUCUGUUUUGGCUGUGAACGUGCUACUUGUUUUCUCCUCACUGGCGUUUAUCUAAAACAUGAAGUUUGUUUGAAAUAGUCACUGACGGACUGUCGGUCUUUCUCCUGCGUUGUCACGUUGCUUUUAAGUACCCGCGGGUGUUUGGCCUCGACGGAUGCAGUUAGUUAAACUGGAAGUAGGCUUGCUUUGCUUUCUUGAGCUUGUGUUGAGACUCUUCUUCAUAUGUUGUAUCUUGACUUGUUUUGUUCAGUGACGUGCUGUGACGCUCAGGCCUUGUUCCCCCAUAUGUUUGGAAACAUUUGCUUAUUGUCAUUUGAAAGUGUUGAUGUUUUAUCAGGGAUUUGUUUUUAUAAUAAAGCCUAUUUGGAGAACAGAGA